AUUGCGAUUUUACCAAUAGUUUUCGCAUUAAGUGCAUUUCAAAAUGUAGCUUCGAACACAUCAGCUACUGCGAUUGUUUUGGUUCGGCAUUUCAUACAGUCUGUGGUCAAUAUGAUCUAGUGGUAGUUUAUACGGGACCUGUGGCACUACUUCCACUUUCGGUGUCCAAUCAGCAGCAGCAUGAAGCCCCUCCCCCCCGACACGGUCAGGCUCCUCUCCAGCGCGCAGGUCAUCACGUCCGUGGGGAACGUGGUGAAGGAACUGCUGGAGAACUCGGUGGACGCUGGAGCUACGAGCCUGGAUAUAAAGAUGGAGAACUACGGCUUGGACCGGAUUGAGGUUCGCGAUAACGGCCUAGGAAUCCAAGCCUGUGACACGGUCGUCAUGGCUGUGCGACACUAUACGUCCAAAAUCAGUUGCCACGAUGACCUGGAGCGCCUGGAUACCUACGGGUUUCGAGGAGAGGCCCUGGGGUCCAUCUGUGCAGUGGCAGAGGUAUCCAUCACCACAAAAACCGUUGGCGAAGACAUCAGCACCCAGUACUCCCUGGAUGUCACAGGGAAGGUGGUGUCGCAGAAGCCCUCUCACCUGGGACAAGGCACCACGGUGACUGUUCUGAAGCUCUUCAAGAACCUCCCGGUGAGGCGACAGUACUACACCAACGCAAAGAAGUGCAAGGAGGAGCUGAAGAAAGUCCAGGACCUGCUCAUGGCCUACGCCAUUGUGAAACCAGACCUGAGGCUUACGCUGGCUCACAAUAAGGUGGUGAUGUGGCAGAAGACCAGGGCGGCUGAUCUAAGAGGCGCCCUCCUGGCGACACUGGGGUCCGGCGUGGUCGCCCACCUGCUCCCAUGCCAGCAUCUCCAGGAGCAACCACAGAUUUCAUUAGAUGGUUUCUUCCCCAAACCUGGAGCGGAUUACCUCUCUACCAGCUCCUCCAGCCACGACAAAACGUUCAUAUUCAUUAACAACCGGCCGGUUCAGCAGAAAGAUAUAAUGAAGCUGUUGCGUCAGAGCUACACAGCCCAGUACCCGUCCGAGUCCAACCGGAAUCGGUACCCGGUGCUUGUGCUCCAAAUCACCCUCCCACCCUCCUCCAUCGACGUCAAUCUAACCCCGGACAAGACCCAGGUUCUCCUUCACAACAAGGAGGCUGUGCUGGUCGCCCUGGAAGCUCUGCUGGUGUCUCUCUACGGCUUUCGCUCUCCUAACGAUGCCACACCUGCUGAGAGAGACUCGACAUACAACCAGCCACCGAGUCCUCCCCAGGCUGACACUUCACCGGCAGAAGGAAACCCCAGAACCUCAGAGAGCGGUGUCAAAGGCCUGUCUCUCGACGCUGGCGACGAGGAGGAUCCCAAAACAAUACCGGAGGGUGGCGUCCCAGCGCCAUCAACAGGGAACCUGAGAGGCGACGGGACCUCCCUGGACCACCCGACCACCACCAACAGCAGCAGCUCCUCUUCCUCCAUCGCCGAGGACUGGAUCAUCAACCACAUCUCGGGGGGCCUGCUGGGUGAACCUCAUGACGACAACGCCACUCUGAGCGGGCCCGGCGACGCCCAGGGGGAACUAUUCGGCCCCGUGGCCGCCGUGUCGCGAGGGAGCGCCGCGGACGGGCGUCCGACGCUGUCGGCGGAGAGCUGGAGCCGCGGCGUGGCUCUGACCCACCCGGCGUCCGGAGCGCCCCUGCAGCCCGUCCAGAUCCACCGGUCCGGGGACGCAGCCAGUGGCCCGCAGGGCAGCCCCGGCAAGAAGCUCCUCCUGAACGCCGUCACGGAGAACCGCGCGUCGCUGACCGCGUACGACCUCAUCAGCAACCGCACGGCCCGGGCGCCGCUGUCCGCCGCUGCCAUGCACGAGAAGGAGGCGCGGGCCGAGGUGCUGCGGGAGAGGCCCGCCGCCAGCCUACAGGAGAUCAGCGACGGCGUGCAGGAGAGGUGGAAAAACCUGCGAGAGGAGGAACGCACGAAGUACGAGGAAAAGGCCAAGAAGCACCUGGUUCACCACGGCCAGCGCACCAUCCUGGCUGCGGCUGGAGGGGGCCGGGAGGCCGAGAGCCCCUCGCCGAGUCGCCAGCAGGGCCUGAAACGCAAGGCCCCGCUGGCCAACCAGCAGCUCCUCGACCAGCUCUUCUCCCCCCAGCCCCAGAAGAAGAAGACACCGGCGAAACCCCCCGACGUCAAGCCCUCACGCCCCCUCCCCUUCAGCGUGGCCGGCCUCAGGCAGGGGCUCCGUCGCCUCUGGUCCCAGAGCAGCGGCCCCCCUCCGUCGGGCCCUGCCAACGCGCCGCCGGGCCCCCGGCUAGUAAACCGGCUGGCCCCUGCGAGCGCCUGGGUCGUUUUAUGUGGACGAGAGCUCAUGUUGUUAAAUCCAUUUCGGGUGGAGGAGGCCUUGCUGUUUAAGAGACUGCUGGAGAAUAAUAUACUGGCUGCCGUGGCUCUGCAGAACCCUAUACAGUUAACAGAUGGUCUUCUCGGCGGGAGUGAAUACACUCAGGCCUUGUGUAACAUGGCUCAAGGCAUCCCUGAACUCAAUGGAGGAGUCAUCUUGUCUGAUCCCAGACUCUUGGCUAAUGGGUUUAAAAUCAGAUUGUUUCCAGGCUCGCCGUCAGCGGCCCCGAGCCGGCUAGAGGUGACCGCGCUCGCAGACUGCGUGCCCUUCCUCGGAGUUGAGGCCCUCAGGGAGAUCCUCACCGGCGUUCUACGCCGCACAGCCGCGACGGUGCAGGACAGCCGUCCCCUCAAAGUCCGCAACUACCUUCAGGGAGAAGCUGUUCGGCUCGCCCGUCAGUUGCCUAGCAACAUGACGAGGCAGGAAGUGGAGGAGAGUCUGUCGAGGAUGACACAGCUUCUUAGGGAGGACAGCCGGACUUGUAUCCACGGGAGACCGUUCCUUCACCAGCUGUCUGUGGUGCCUGGCUCCGAGCAUGAGGCCAAGUCUCUGCUUCUGCCCAUUGAAGAACUGUAAAGAUCUGUAAAAAUGCUGAGCUAUAUAUAAGGAGCUGUUAAAAUAUAUAUAUAUAUAUAUAUAUAUGCUCAUCUUUGGAACUGUAAAUAACUGUAGAAAAAGUAAUAUACAGAAUAGUUUUGAGUUUUCAUACCGUUCAACUUGUUUUUUUCGGAAAUACAGUUACUGUUAUACAAUACUAUUUGUUUAAAGUAAUGGAAUAAAUGUACUCACAAAAAAUGUAAACUGUA